AUGGACGGCGAAGAACAGAAACGGACUCAUACAAGGAAAGUGCCAGAGGAAUUGGAUCUCGAAAGGAGUACCGAUUAUGUGUGUUCCGUGAAUGACUCUCCCGGGACGGCGACGAGCUCGCAACCUUUGAUCGAGCAUGAUAAACUCGAAUCACCACCCUUCACUCCGGAUAGCCCGCCCGGCCGCUGUUACAAACUCACUCGAUACUACACCCGAACGCUAGCUGGAAUUCUGAUGCCUCUUGUCGUCACUGGAUUCUGGGUGUUCAUUUCGUUAAACCUGUUGCGGAAGCGUGAUAUUGUCAAUUAUGGAAGCGAGAACGAGAUCCUGAUAUAUUACGCGUGGUUCAUAAUUGCAGUGUUUGGGCUAGGCCUUAGCAAAUAUGGAUUGGAAGGCGUUGAGGUCGCCAUGCUGCAACAUCCGUUCUGGCAAGCUGGAAAUGCCAUGGUCAUUUUAAUGCAUAGUAGCGGUAGUUGGGCCGGCCCCAACGGCUGGCUCGGCUCUAUUUCUAGACUCCUCGCCGGAAGGCACCCAGGAACUCACAGGCUAUGGAACCUCCUCGCUUUUAUUAGCAUUCUCGGAUCGAUUGCAAUUCCACUAUCUGGAAUUUGCAUGCAACUUGGUGAUGGAUAUGUCAAUAGCGAUGAACAUCCCAUGGUUAGCGGUCGCACACGGGAGAAUUUUAACAGUCGUGACACUGGUCAAACUGCCGGCCGCGGAGGCAAUGCAUGGAGGACUGCUGCACCUGUUACAGUUCCUGGCAUGGGUAUUAUAUAUACACCUCCAUUUGUAAAUCGUGAUGAAUACCCUCAAUUCGCAAGUUUACCAAACUCGCUCCCCGUUCAUGGAGGGAUCCCAGAAUUUUUCUUGACACCACAGCCUACCAAGCCAAUCAACGGAAAGGCAUGGGGACUCCGCCUCAGAUACAACUGUUCAGCCGUUAAAUCGGCAUCAGAGUUUACAGUGCUUGCCAGGCUACCACAGCAGGAUACUGGGGUGAGAGAACUAGGUGGAAUCGGGAAAUCGCCAAGCUUCAAGGGAGACGCAACUAUUUUUGCUUUGAAGCCCGCACCUUGGGAACUUAGCAAAAAUAUAUGGGGGUAUGCCCGUGUUGGUGUCGACCUCACAGACGUGAGCAUUUAUGACGGCUCCGAGGCGACAUCUUUUGACGAAAAAGACCUCCAACAUGCCAAUGUCUUGGAAUAUGCCAUGUGGCAAAUGCGAUUUUCCCCAGCCUAUGCGGACAUAAUUAAACAUCCUCAGUUUGAUGACAACCUCAAGCCGACCAUGGCAGAUAUUUAUCAACCGUUCACACUGGCUCCUAAUGACACGAGGGUGCAAAUUGACAAAUCUUUCUUUGGCGAUGACGAAGCGGACACUCUAAAUUCGAUUCCAUUUAAACAUCCAAUAAGUAUUGCCGAACCCAUCGGUGUUCGCUGCGUGCAUAUAUCUGCACUUGGCACCGCCGAACUGGACGCCCGAACUUCCACAUACACUGACUUUAAGCAGACUCUCAGCCCGCCUUUCAACGAAUCGGAAAUAGAGAGCCCUGCACCCCGCUUUGGCUUUACCGCUGCGAAGAUACUCAGUGACGAGUACUUUCAAAUCUUCAACGCCAUCAACUCCGCUCCGCCAGAGGUUGUCUCGAACUCUGUUUAUUAUAGACGAUACAUCCAACCAAAAACGUUGAUAGAAGCCAUAAUGCGCGCAUAUGCCAUGGAUGCUUUGCAACUUAUGUAUGACGGCAUCUACAGCACUGAGGAAGGCUCGAGUUAUAUCGCGAAAAACCUCACCUCGUCACGACGAGGAAAAGUGCUUGAGCGUGGGAAAUUCAACCCAAGGCUGCCAGGCACCUUGUUCGUCAUAUGGUCGGUUAGCAGUGCGAUCAUAGGGGUGACAUAUGGUUUCCGCCGCCGUUGGUCAGAAAGACUGGAUGGGUACAGCCUGUUCCGCUUUGGAGUUGAUUUGGCGCAUGAAGUGCGACCGUCCGAGCUUUCCAGCACCAGUCAGUUCGAGAAAUGCACUCAGCUAAAGGAUCUGCCGGGCUUAAUUGGAGAUUCCCGCCCGGAUAUGGCGAUUGGUCAUAUCACCCUCGUUGCAAAGCAAAACAUCGCGAAGAAAGACAAGAUGUAUUGUUAG